UUUGAAACUACAUAUUUAGAUAAUACAACAAGGAAACCUCGGAUUCUACUUGCUGCUUGUGGAAGUGUUGCUGCUGUCAAACUUGGCCUUAUCUGUAGUUAUUUUGCAGAAUGGGCAGAAAUAAAAGUGGUUGUGACAAAAUCAUCUUUACGUUUUAUUGAUAAACUAACAAUUCCCAUGGAUGUAUUUUUGUAUUGUGAUGAGCAUGAAUGGUGUAAUUGGAAAAGAAUAGGUGAUUGUGUUCUUCACAUUGAGCUUCGUAGAUGGGCUGAUAUCAUGGUCAUAGCUCCAUUAUCAGCAAAUACCCUUGCCAAGAUUGCAGGAGGGUUGUGUGACAAUCUAUUGACAUGUAUAGUGCGAGCAUGGGACUACAAUAAGCCAAUUUUUGUUGCACCAUCCAUGAACUCACAUAUGUGGCAAAACCCUUUGACAGAGCAACAUUUCAUUAGCAUGGAUGAGCUUGGCAUUAUUCUCAUCCCACCUGUCACACAGAGGACAACUGGUGAGGAAUGUGUGUAUGCUGAAAUGGCUGAUCCUUUUAUUAUUUUCUCAACUUGUGAUCUUUUACUGGGUUGUCUCGUUUAUGAUCUUAAACCCUUGUACACACUGGAAUGA